ACUGAGCUCGCACGAUAUAAAGAGAGCAAGAGUGAGGAGGUGACACAACACAAAAAUGGAAGAUUUGAAAUUGCAUGGAUUUUGGUAUAGCCCCUUUACGAUGAGGGUGGUAUGGAGCCUGAAGUUGAAGGGUCUAGCAUAUGAGAACAUUGAAGAAGAUCGCUAUAAUAAGAGUCCUCAACUUCUAGAAUACAACCCUGUGCAUAAGAAGACUCCAGUGCUUGUUCAUGGUGGAAAACCCAUUUGUGAGUCCAUGAUCAUUGUUCAAUACAUUGAUGAGUUAUGGCCACAGAAUCCAUUGGUCCCUCAUGAUCCCUAUGACAGAGCUCAAGCAAGGUUUUGGGUUGCAUAUUCUGAACAACUGGUUCCUGCACUGCCAGCACUCAUCCGAAGCACUACGCCUGAGGAGAAAGAGAAGGCUGUAGAAAUGAUCUGGGGAAAUUUCAAAGUCCUUGAAGAUCAUUGCUUAGCGGAUAAGAGGAAAUUCUUUGGUGGGGACAAAAUUAACAUGGUGGACAUAGCUAUUGGAUCACUCUUAACAGUUUUUGUGACUGCAGAAGAUAUUAAACAAGUGAAGAUCCUAGUAGCUGAAAAGUUCCCUCUCAUACAUUUAUGGUUCGAUAAUUUCAAGAAUGCCCCCGUCAUCAAAGAAAACUUUCCUGAUAGGGAGAAAAUGGUGGCUACUCUAAAGCCUAUCUUGGAGAGGAUGUUGGCAUCUUCCUAAGAAGUCAUCAUCACUAUGCUUGUUUCUUUAUAUUCCCAAACUCCAACCUUUUGUUGUGUUAGUCUUACUGAACUUGUAAGUUAGAUACAAUAAGAGUUUGAGUUUACUGUUUUUCCUAAAAUAAUGAAUUAGGUUUCCUUUUAAAUCAUUCUCAAACCUCUUACUCUUAGAAUUAGGUUGGAAUAUGUUAUGUAACAUGUGGAUUUAAAAAGUUUUUUCCAUUUAGUAGAA